AUGGAUAGAACACAGUUAGAAUCUAAAUUGAAAAACAAAUAUGAGGCUAUAUUUAAAUCUAUUUUAAAAGAAAAAUAUUUGACAACAUUGGGACCUGCAUUAGCAUUGAAAUAUGAAUUACAAUUAAAACCGAAAAUGAAAUCGAAAUACGAAUUAGAAUUAAAACCGAAAAUGAAAUCGAAAUAUGAAUUAGAAUUAAAACCGAAAAUGAAAUUGAAAUAUGAAUUAGAAUUAAAACCGAAAAUGAAAUUGAAAUAUGAAUUAGAAUUAAAACCGAAAAUGGAAUUGAAAUAUGAAUUAGAAUUAAAGACUAAACUAGCAGAAAAAUAUGGAUCUAAACUGAAGAUGAAACUAGUGCAAAAAUACAAACUUGAGUUAAGGAGAAAUAUUGGUAACAAAGCUAAACUUAAUAAGAAGCAAAAAGAAAUCAGUUUAAGAAAAUGA